UUGAAGCGACAGUCAAAACAAAACAAAUCAAAAUUGCCGAAUCGAUACGCGUGGGAGCUCAGGCACCUACGACGACGACGACGACGACGACGACGACUCUUCCCUGUCUGCGUUUGCCUUCUCUCUUCUCUCUACAAUCUGCUUACUGAUCAAUCGGGCACAGAGAGAGAGAGAGAGAGAGAGAGAGAUCAGAGAUGAAGACGAAGAAGAAGAACAGGAUGGCGGGGCUGAGCUGCUCGAUUUGCCAAUCCCAAUUCGACGAAGACCAGAGAGUCCCGCUCACCCUCCAAUGCGGCCACUCCUUCUGCAAAGACUGCCUCGGCCGCCUCUUCACGGCCUCGGCCUCCACGACCCUAUCCUGCCCAAAGUGCCGCCACGUCUCCUCCGUCGGCAACUCCGUCUCCGCCCUCCCCAAGAACUUCUCUCUCCUCCCCCUCCUCCACCCCGGCGACGACGCCUCCGACUCCGACGACGAACUCAUCGACGACGACGAUGACAGCAAAGUUUCCAGCGGCAGCGGCAGCGGCAUCGGCAUCGGGGAUCGAAUUAGGGUUGGGACGCAUCGGAAUUUGAGUCUCGUGCAGAAAUUGAGCGAGGGGCGGAGGGCGGGAGUGGAGGUGUGGCAGGGGGUUUUGAGCGGCGGCGGCGGCGGCCAUCAAGUGGCGGUGAAGAGGGUGAAGAUCGGGGACGGGAUUGGGGAUGUGGAUUGGGUUCUUCAGGAAGUGGACAAGUUGCAGCGGGCUUCUAUGUGGUGUAGAAAUGUGUGCAAUUUUCAUGGAGCGAUGGUGGUGGAUGGCCAUAUUUGUCUUGUCAUGGACAGGUGUUGUGGUUCUGUUCAGUCGGAGAUGCAGAGAUGUGAAGGCCGGCUUACUCUCGAGCAGAUACUCAGAUUCGGAGCUGACAUUGCUCGUGGAGUUGCUGAACUACAUGCGGCAGGAAUUGUGUGCAUGAAUUUGAAGCCAUCCAAUUUUCUUUUAGAUCUAAGUGGCCGUGCUGUGGUUUCUGACUAUGGCUUUCCGGUGAUUUUGAAGAAACCUUAUUGCCGAAAAGCUCGAGAACUUGACACAUCGAAAGGACAUUGGUGCAUGGAUUGUAUGCUGUUGAGUCCACAUUAUACAGCUCCAGAAAUGUGGGAGCCAUUAAAGAAGUCAUUGCACUUAUUUAGGGAUGAUGCUGUUGCUUUAUCUGCAGUCUCAGACACUUGGAGUUUUGGUUGUGCCCUUGUUGAAAUGUGCACUGGUUCAAUUCCGUGGGCUGGUUUAAGUGCAGAGGAAAUUUACCGUGCUGUUGUUAAGGAUCGAAGGCUGCCACCUCAGUAUGCUAGUGUAGUAGGAGCUGGUAUUCCUACAGAAUUGUGGAAGAUGAUUGGUGAAUGCCUACAGUUCAAGGCAACAAGGAGGCCAACUUUUCAUGCAAUGCUUGCUGUAUUUCUACGCCAUCUGCAAGGGAUUCCUUGUAGUCCUCCAGAAAGUCCCAAGAAUCAACCUGCUAAAAGUCCUCAAAUAGAUAUGGCGGGACGGUCCCCCACAUCUGUUUUGGAUGCUUUCCAGGUUAGUUCCAACUGUCUGCAUCAGCUGGUUUCUGCAGGGGAUCUUUAUGGAGUUAGAGAUCUUCUUGCUAAGACUGCCUCAGGAAACAGUAGCAGCUCCAUUAUUUCUCUUUUGGAAGCCCAUAAUGCUGAUGGUCAGACAGCGCUGCACUUGGCUUGUAGACGGGGUUGCCCUGAGCUAGUGGAUGCCAUCUUAGAAUACAGUGAUGCAGAUGCUGAUGUCCCAGACAGAGAUGGGAAUCCUCCCAUUAUAUUUGCUUUGGCAGCUGGGUCCCCAGAAUGCAUUCGUGCUCUCAUCAGAAAGUCUUCUAAUGUCAUAUGUAGGUUAAAGGAAGGUCUAUCUGUAGUUCAUGUCUCUGCAUAUUAUGGGCAGCCAGAUUGCAUGCGCGAGAUAUUAUUAGCUGGAGCUGAUCCCAGUCAAGUGGAUGAUAAUGGUGAGACUAUACUACAUAUAGCCCUUUCUAAGAAAUUCACAGAAUGUGCUAUCGCAAUACUGGAAAAUCGGGGCUGCAGACUAAUGGGUGUCCGUAACUCAAAAGACAUGACACCUCUACACUCGUGUAUAGAAACAUUGAACAUAGCAGUUAUCAAAAGGUGGGUAGAAGUUGCAACAACUGAAGAGAUUGCUGAAGCAAUUGAUGUGGCAAGUCCAGCUGGAACUGCAUUAUGUAUGGCAGCUUCCCUAAAGAAGGAUCGUGAGCCUGAGGGUAGGGAGCUAGUAAGGAUAUUACUUGAAGCUGGUGCAAAUCCUGAGGCCCAAGAUACCCAAAAUUGGCGAACAGCUUUGCAUACAGCUGCUAUGGCUAAUGACGUUGAGUUGGUCAAGAUUAUUCUUGAUGCCGGAGUGGAUGUUAACAUCAGGAAUUUGCACAAUACAAUUCCUCUUCAUUUAGCAUUGGCCAAAGGUGCAAAAUCAUGUGUUGAAUUGCUCUUAUCUGUUGGGGCAAAUUGCAAUUUGCAGGAUGAUGAUGGUGACAAUGCUUUCCAUAUAGCUGCUGAUGCAGCAAAAUUGAUACGGGAAAAUAUUGAAUGCAUUGUUUUGAUGAUGCAAGAUCCAGCUGCUGCUAUUGAAGCAAGAAAUCAUAGUGGUAAGACUUUGUGUGAUCUUUUGGAAGCCUUGCCACGGGAAUGGAUUUCGGAAGAGCUAAAGGAAGCACUCAUGGAUAAAGGAAUUCAUCUUUCUCCAACAACAUUUGAUAUAGGAGACUGGGUGAAAUUUAGAAGAAAUGUUAUCUCCCCUACACAUGGAUGGCAAGGUGCAAAGCAUGGGAGUGUUGGUUUUGUACAAAGAGUUCUUGACAGCGACAAUCUCGUUGUGUCAUUUUGCUCCGGAGUGGCUCAUGUGUUGGCAAAUGAGGUUAUUAAAGUGAUCCCUUUGGACAGAGGGCAGCUUGUGCGGCUAAAACCUAAUGUUAGAGAGCCAAGGUAUGCUUUGAGGGGUCUAUCACUGGACAGCAUUGGAACUGUUCUUUGUGUUGAUGAUGAUGGGAUUGUACGUAUCGGGUUUAGUGGUGCAUCCAGAGGAUGGCAAGCUGAUCCUGCAGAAAUUCAAAGAGUAGAAGAAUUCAAGGUUGGUGACUGGGUUCGUGUUCGCUCUGCUUUGACAACCACGAAGCAUGGACUUGGAGCUGUCACUCCAGGGAGCAUUGGAAUAGUGUACUGUAUUAGACCAGAUUAUAGCCUGCUGUUGGAAUUUAGCUAUUUGCCCAGCCUAUGGCUUUGUGAACCAGAGGAGGUUGAAUCUGUUGUUGCUUUCAGGAUUGGGGACAAGGUAUGUGUGAAGCGUUCUGUUGCAGAACCCAGAUUUGGUUGGCGUGGUGAGACUCAUCAUAGCGUUGGGAGGAUAAUUGAUAUUGAGAGCAAUGGCCGGCUGAUAAUUGAAAUACCUAAUUUGGCUGUACCAUGGAAGGCUGAUCCAUCAGAUAUGGAAAAAUUGGAUGAUUUUAAGGUUGGAGAUUGGGUUCGAGUGAAAACUUCAGUGCCUUCCCCCAAAUAUGGGUGGGAGGAUGUUACCCGACAGAGCAUUGGUAUAAUCCACAGCAUGGAUGAUUCUGGUGACAUGAGUGUUGCAUUCUGCUUCCGGAGCAAGCUUUUUCCUUGCUCUGUAACAGAUAUGGAGAAGGUAUUGCCAUUUGAAGUGGGCCAAGAGAUUCGCCUGAUGCCAUCUAUCUCUCAGCCUCAACUUGGUUGGUCAAACGAAACUCCAGCUACCUUUGGUAAAAUUGCAAGAAUCGACAUGGAUGGGACCCUUAAUGUAAGAGUGGCUGGCAGAGAUAGUUUGUGGAAAGUUGCUCCAGGUGAUGCAGAAAAACUUCCAGGAUUUGUGGUUGGUGACUGGGUUCGGGUGAAACAAUUUCUGGGAAAUAGGCUUUGUCCUGAGGGAAAUGUAUCUGGAAGAGAGAAUUUAGCAGUGGUGCACAGUGUACACGAUUUUUUCAAUUUAGAGUUGGCAUGUUGUUAUCGUAAAGGAAGGUGGGAUGUCCACUACUCCGAAGUUGAAAAGGUUGAAUGCUUUAAAACAGGACAGCAUGUCUGCUUCCGUGUCGGACUUAGUGAGCCAAGAUGGGGCUGGAGAGGUGCCUGUCCCACUAACAAAGGUGUCAUAGUUGGUGUAAAUUAUAAUGGAGAAGUUAAGGUUUCAUUUUUCAAUUUACCAGGUUUGUGGAGGGGAGAUCCUGCAGAUCUUGAGGUGGAGCAGAUGCUUGAGGUGGGUGAAUGGGUGAAACUGAAGGAUCAUGCUGCCAGGCGGAAAUCCUUGGGACCUGGCAGUAUUGGGGUUGUGCAAGGACUAGGAUAUCAAACCGAUCAGUGGGAUGGCACUGUCUCUGUUUGUUUUUGUGGAGAGCCAGAAUUGUGGGUAGGGUCCAUUUCUGAGCUUGAAAGAGUGAAUAGGCUUCAAAUAGGCCAAGAGGUGCGGGUGAAGCUCUCUGUUGAGCAGCCAAGAUUUGGGUGGUCAGGCCAUACCCAUGCAAGCAUAGGUACUGUAACAGCAAUAGAUGCUGAUGGUAAGCUAAGAAUAUACACCCCAGCUGGCUCAAAGACUUGGAUGCUUGAUCCAUCUGAAGUUGAUCUGGUGGUGGAAGAAAAUAUGAAAACUGGAGAUUGGGUGAGGGUUAAGUCAUGUGUAGCAACACCAUUUCAUCACUGGGGAGAGGUUACCCGUGAGAGUAUUGGAGUGGUUCACCGAAUGGAGGGAGAAGAGCUUUGGGUUUCAUUUUGUUUUCUGGAUAGACUUUGGGUAUGUAAAGAAAGAGAGAUGGAAAAGGUGAGACCUUUUAGGGUGGGUGAUAAGGUGAAGUUUAGAGAGGGAUUAACAAAACCGAGGUGGGGAUGGGGGAUGGAAACACCUGCCAGCAAGGGCGAGGUGGUUGGAGUUGAUGCCAACGGGAAGUUAAGAAUCAUGUUUAAAUGGAGGGAAGGACGCCCCUGGAUUGGAGACCCUGCUGAUCUUGUUCUUUACCAGAGCUCUAAUGAACACUUCCUGAGGGAUCAAUCCUUGUGUUUCCAUUCUUAUGGAAGCCUGCCUGAGCACCUGUAAGGUUUCAGGUGGUCUCUUUCGUUGCCGCAUGGAAAGUAGGCUCGUUUUAUGGCUGAUAAAUCGAUAUGCAUGACGAAAGAAGCUUCUAGAUUUCAUUUACAAGUUCUCAGAUCGAUGGGGGAUGUAUCAAAAUCCAAGUCCAAGUCGCCAAGUACUAUGGUUGGUCCAUAAGUUGGGGGUCAUGGAUAUGCUAUGUUAGAUUGAAGCAGCCACUGUGGGUGGCAUUACUUCUUAAAUUGGCCUCUCAUAGAUAGAUCUGUACAGGGUUGGGAUCCAUGAUCUGGGCUGCUCUCUCUUACACCAGUUAAUUAUUUUGACUUAAUAUCUGUAUAGAUGAUUGUAAUUUUUACGGUCAGCAUCGUGGGGGAAUAAGAUACGUUUUCUCCAUUCCUUU